AUGUUGGAUUUGAUGAGUAUAAAACUUGUCGAUCCAGAAUUUUGGUCACCUUUGCAAGAUCGACAUGAUGUUGGGAGCAGAACUGGAGAGGAGGUGGAGGGAGCGGAGGAGAAGGGGGAGGGAGAGCAGGAGAAGGGGGAGGAGGAGGAGGGGGUGGAGGAGGAGGGGGUGGAGGAGGAGGGGGUGGAGGAGGAGGGGGUGGAGGGGGUGGAGGAGAAGGGGAAGGGGGCGCAGAGAGACGGGGCGCAGAGAGAGGGGGCGCAGACGGAGGGGGCGCAGACGGAGGGGGCGCAGACGGAGGGGGCGCAGACGGAGGGGGCGCAGACGGAGGGGGCGCAGACGGAGGGGGCGCAGACGGAGGGGGCGCAGACGGAGGGGGCGCAGAGGGAGGGGGCGCAGAGGGAGGGGGCGCGGAGGGAGGGGGCGCGGAGGGAGGGGGCGCGGAGGGAGGGGGCGCGGAGGGAGGGGGCGCGGAGGGAGGGGGCGCGGAGGGAGGGGGCGCGGAGGGAGGGGGCGCGGAGGGAGGGGGCGCGGAGGGAGGGGGCGCAGAGGGAGGGGGCGCAGAGGGAGGGGGCGCAGAGGGAGGGGGCGCAGAGGGAGGGGGCGCAGAGGGAGGGGGCGCAGAGGGAGGGGGCGCAGAGGGAGGGGGCGCAGAGGGAGGGGGCGCAGAGGGAGGGGGCGCAGAGGGAGGGGGCGCAGAGGGAGGGGGCGCAGAGGGAGGGGGCGCAGAGGGAGGGGGCGCAGAGGGAGGGGGCGCAGAGGGAGGGGGCGCAGAGGGAGGGGGCGCAGAGGGAGGGGGCGCAGAGGGAGGGGGCGCAGAGGGAGGGGGCGCAGAGGGAGGGGGCGCAGAGGGAGGGGGCGCAGAGGGAGGGGGCGCAGAGGGAGGGGGCGCAGAGGGAGGGGGCGCAGAGGGAGGGGGCGCAGAGGGAGGGGGCGCAGAGGGAGGGGGCGCAGAGGGAGGGGGCGCAGAGGGAGGGGGCGCAGAGGGAGGGGGCGCAGAGGGAGGGGGCGCAGAGGGAGGGGGCGCAGAGGGAGGGGGCGCAGAGGGAGGGGGCGCAGAGGGAGGGGGCGCAGAGGGAGGGGGCGCAGAGGGAGGGGGCGCAGAGGGAGGGGGCGCAGAGGGAGGGGGCGCAGAGGGAGGGGGCGCAGAGGGAGGGGGCGCAGAGGGAGGGGGCGCAGAGGGAGGGGGCGCAGAGGGAGGGGGCGCAGAGGGAGGGGGCGCAGAGGGAGGGGGCGCAGAGGGAGGGGGCGCAGAGGGAGGGGGCGCAGAGGGAGGGGGCGCAGAGGGAGGGGGCGCAGAGGGAGGGGGCGCAGAGGGAGGGGGCGCAGAGGGAGGGGGCGCAGAGGGAGGGGGCGCAGAGGGAGGGGGCGCAGAGGGAGGGGGCGCAGAGGGAGGGGGCGCAGAGGGAGGGGGCGCAGAGGGAGGGGGCGCAGAGGGAGGGGGCGCAGAGGGAGGGGGCGCAGAGGGAGGGGGCGCAGAGGGAGGGGGCGCAGAGGGAGGGGGCGCAGAGGGAGGGGGCGCAGAGGGAGGGGGCGCAGAGGGAGGGGGCGCAGAGGGAGGGGGCGCAGAGGGAGGGGGCGCAGAGGGAGGGGGCGCAGAGGGAGGGGGCGCAGAGGGAGGGGGCGCAGAGGGAGGGGGCGCAGAGGGAGGGGGCGCAGAGGGAGGGGGCGCAGAGGGAGGGGGCGCAGAGGGAGGGGGCGCAGAGGGAGGGGGCGCAGAGGGAGGGGGCGCAGAGGGAGGGGGCGCAGAGAGAGGUGGCGCAGAGGGAGGUGGCGCAGAGGGAGGUGGCGCAGAGGGAGGGGGCGCAGAGGGAGGGGGCGCAGAGGGAGGGGGCGCAGAGGGAGGGGGCGCAGAGGGAGGGGGCGCAGAGGGAGGGGGCGCAGAGGGAGGGGGCGCAGAGGGAGGUGGCGCAGAGGGAGGUGGCGCAGAGGGAGGGGGCGCAGAGGGAGGGGGCGCAGAGGGAGGGGGCGCAGAGGGAGGGGGCGCAGAGGGAGGGGGCGCAGAGGGAGGGGGCGCAGAGGGAGGGGGCGCAGAGGGAGGGGGCGCAGAGGGAGGGGGCGCAGAGGGAGGUGGCGCAGAGGGAGGUGGCGCAGAGGGAGGGGGCGCAGAGGGAGGGGGCGCAGAGGGAGGGGGCGCAGAGGGAGGGGGCGCAGAGGGAGGGGGCAGAGAGGGAGGGGGCAGAGAGGGAGGGGGCAGAGAGGGAGGGGGCGGAGAGGGAGGGGGCGGAGAGGGAGGGGGCGGAGAGGGAGGGGGCGGAGAGGGAGGGGGCGGAGAGGGAUGGGGCGGAGAGGGAUGGGGCGGAGAGGGAUGGGGCGGAGAGGGAUGGGGCGGAGAGGGAGGGGGCGGAGAGGGAUGGGGCGGAGAGGGAUGGGGCGGAGAGGGAGGGGGCGGAGAGGGAGGGGGCGGAGAGGGAGGGGGCGGAGAGGGAGGGGGCGGAGAGGGAGGGGGCGGAGAGGGAGGGGGCGGAGAGGGAGGGGGCGGAGAGGGAGGGGGCGGAGAGGGAGGGGGCGGAGAGGGAGGGGGCGGAGAGGGAGGGGGCGGAGAGGGAGGGGGCGGAGAGGGAUGGGGCGGAGAGGGAGGGGGCGGAGAGGGAGGGGGCGGAGAGGGAGGGGGCGGAGAGGGAGGGGGCGGAGAGGGAGGGGGCGGAGAGGGAGGGGGCGGAGAGGGAGGGGGCGGAGAGGGAGGGGGCGGAGAGGGAGGGGGCGGAGAGGGAGGGGGCGGAGAGGGAGGGGGCGGAGAGGGAGGGGGCGGAGAGGGAGGGGGCGGAGAGGGAGGGGGCGGAGAGGGAGGGGGCGGAGAGGGAGGGGGCGGAGAGGGAGGGGGCGGAGAGGGAGGGGGCGGAGAGGGAGGGGGCGGAGAGGGAGGGGGCGGAGAGGGAGGGGGCGGAGAGGGAGGGGGCGGAGAGGGAGGGGGCGGAGAGGGAGGGGGCGGAGAGGGAGGGGGCGGAGAGGGAGGGGGCGGAGAGGGAGGGGGCGGAGAGCGAGGGGGCGGAGAGCGAGGGGGCCCACCUGGAAGAUGAGUCGGCUGCCAAGGACAAACAACAGAACCAGCACAGCUGCUCGGAAGUCAACAUACCUAGAAUACAGCACAAUUUAAACUAA